AUGCCCAAGUAUUGGUUUUUUGGAGUUGUUCUGGACCUAAGUGGAAACACAGCUCAAACAGCUGCAUCCAAAGCCCUCAUUGAUAGAAAAAAACACUCACUUGAAGCUGCUGCCGCAUACUUAACUGCCAAUCUCUUGACAAAAUUAUUAGGAGCUAAGGGAUGUGGAGCUAUAGCACACAGAGUUUUAUCUAAUUCCACAUUCUCAAACUUGGUUGGUCCACUGGAAGAAGUUAGUUUUUAUGGCCACCCAGUUGCUUACAUUGCUCCUAAUGUUUAUGGCUACCCUCAUGGAGGUUUCCUUGCCUCCAAAUCUUCCGCGUUGACCCCAGAUGCAAUACCUGAUCCUUAUAAAUUGUUGGAUGAUUUUGAAGAAUCACUCAAACUCAUCCGUGAUGCUGUUGUUGUAGAAAAAGGGCUCACCAUGGAAGCUGCUGUCUAGCUCCACGUAAGGAUACCAUCCUCAAA